GUGCCGAGCAAAGAAGGAGGAGAUGAAGAGCAGGAGGUUGGGUUCACCAUCGACAUCAAAAGCUUUCUCAAACCCGGUGAGAAGAGCUACACGCAGCGCUGCCGGCUGUUCGUGGGGAAUCUGCCUACCGAUAUCACGGAGGAAGACUUCAAGCGUCUCUUUGAGCGCUACGGGGAGCCCAGCGAGGUCUUCAUCAAUCGGGACCGGGGCUUUGGCUUCAUUCGCCUGGAAUCUAGGACACUGGCUGAGAUAGCGAAGGCAGAACUGGAUGGUACUAUUCUGAAGAGCAGACCACUUCGAAUUCGAUUUGCCACACAUGGAGCUGCCCUAACGGUCAAGAAUCUUUCACCUGUGGUUUCUAAUGAGCUGCUGGAACAAGCGUUCUCUCAAUUCGGGCCCGUGGAAAGAGCUGUUGUUGUAGUCGAUGAUCGUGGCAGAGCUACAGGAAAAGGUUUCGUCGAGUUUGCAGCAAAACCUCCAGCACGGAAAGCUCUAGAAAGAUGCAGUGAUGGGGCAUUCUUGCUAACUACAACACCUCGACCUGUUGUUGUAGAACCAAUGGAGCAAUUUGAUGAUGAAGAUGGGCUCCCAGAGAAACUAAUGCAAAAAACACAACAGUAUCACAAAGAACAGCCUCCACGUUUUGCUCAGCCUGGAACGUUUGAGUUUGAGUAUGCUUCACGGUGGAAGGCUCUUGAUGAGAUGGAAAAGCAACAGCGUGAACAGGUUGACAGGAACAUUAGAGAAGCCAAAGAGAAACUAGAGGCAGAAAUGGAAGCAGCUAGACAUGAGCACCAGCUAAUGCUGAUGAGGCAAG